UCCUCCCUCCUCCAUUUUUAAAUGAUUUUCAGUUCCUGUGUGAUUGUCAUGUGUCUCUGCCUGCAGCAGCUCGAGCGGAACCCGCUCCUCAUCACAGUCUACGUGUAGACCCGAGGAAAUAUCACACACAGGACGGGCAUUUUUAAAAACAUCGCUUUCGUAUAAAAGGGCAUGUUUACCCAGUUUGGCGUUUGUAACACGACGAGAGAUGCUGAAGCGGGAUUGAUUGUUAGUCUCGCUCAAGGGAGCUGUCCAGCAUGAGGUGCUGAUCGGCGGCCUGGCAGAACGAUGGCGACGGGGAAGUGGCUUCUUUACACGGGGCUCUGUCUGUCUCUCGUCGCCUUGUGUUUCCUGACAGUCGCAAUCUCAUCCGAUCACUGGUACGAAACGGACGCGAGGAUUUACAAGGAGCGCUGCCGAACUUUCUCGAACCGCAGGAACGACCCGGGCUUCAUUUACAUCCCCAACCACAGCCUUCCUCUGCGAGCCAGCCGAGCGAGUCUGGACCGAUGGGAAGACCGACUGCUACUCACUAGAAACCGGCGGCAGCUGUUCGCCAUGAGCGCGGCGGAUGAGUGCAGCAGACGCUACAAUUCAACCAACAUGGGGCUCUGGAGCAAAUGCUACAGGGUGGGAUUUGACCCAGACGUCGAAGACCUCAUCAAGAACGGAACUAUUGAGCGAUGCUCUUUUAUAAAGUACUAUUACUCCUCCUCUGCAGUGGCGCGAAAGGAUCUCUCCUACAACAUCACUAAGGCCAUCCAGCAAGAUGAUUGGCAUGCUCUGCAUUUACGUCGGAUGACAGCUGGCUUCAUGGGCAUGGCUCUAUCAAUCAUUCUCUUUGGCUGGACUAUUGGCCUUUUGGGAUGUUGUUGGGAGCAAGGCCUCAUGCAUUACGUUGCCGGUCUACUCUUCCUAAUGGGAGGUACCUUCUGCAUCAUCUCUCUUUGCACCUGUGUGGCCGGAAUCAACUUCGAAUUGUCUCGCUACCCACGUUAUCUCUUCAGCCUCCCUGAUGAUAUAAGCCAUGGUUACGGCUGGUCCAUGUUCAGUGCCUGGGGAGGGCUGGGACUGACCCUCAUUGCUGGGUUCUUCUGUACUCUGGCACCUUCGAUUCAGCCUCCACCACCAACCCGUACCUCAUGUCCCAAGUCUCGUAUGGAGAACGGAACAGUGUGUUAAAGAUUCCCGUUAGGAGACUGACAUGAACUUGUGUAUAGACUUUGUCAUGGGUUUUAAAAGCAUGGAGGCUGUUGAAAGACUCAAAGGUCACAAUCCAUGGCGGUUGGGACUCUCAUUUGAUGUGCCGAAUGAUGGAUCUCUGUUAUAAAAGCACAUUUGUACAGUUGUAUAAAAGCUUUCAUCCUGACAUGAGUACGGCAUGUCCUUGGUGAAGCAGUUGUUGGUGUUCGUCUUUGUGUUCAGUAGACUGUGUUUGAAAUUCAAGGCAAAUUCCCAGUUUCCUAGACCUUUUCACUGUACAAGUACCAUGAAUUUCAUUAAGUGCUGUAGUUGUUUUUAAUGUCAAUAAGUUCAUCAUUGGACAAUAAAA